CAACUUCCCCUGAAAACAACACCACGUGUGUGGGAAAUGAAUGGGUAGCUGUCAGUGCUGUCCACAUGCACACAGAACGGCAUUAAGAUCAGGAAUUGUCGUUUACUGACCACAUUUUGAGUUCGUAUUAAACGCCAACGGAAAACACUUCUGCAGAAGAGGGACUUGUUCACCAUGAGUUUUGUGGAGUAUUCAGACUUCAUUCAGGACGGGGACGUCGCCAUCGUCUACCUGAGCCACGACUCCAUGAUGCCGGUCAAGGUGCAGCAGGGUGCCCAAACGCAAACCCGCUACGGAGUCAUUCGUCAUUCGACAGACCUGAUUGGUCAGCGUUAUGGGUCAAAGGUCACCUGCAGCAAAGGCGGGUGGGUCCAAGUGCUUCACCCCACACCGGAGCUGUGGACAGUCUCCCUGCCACACCGCACACAAAUCCUCUACACUACAGACAUCGCCACCAUCACCAUGAUGCUGGAGCUGAAGCCGGGAUCCGUUGUCUGCGAGUCAGGUACAGGCAGCGGCUCUCUCUCCCACGCCAUCCUGCGUACCAUCGCCCCCACGGGUCACCUGCACACAGUGGAGUUUCACCAGCAGCGGGCGGAGAAGGUGGCAGAGGAGUUCAAGGAGCACCGUGUGGAUCACCUGGUCACCGUCAGGAACCAGGACGUGUGCAAAGACGGGUUCGGGGUGACCGGAGUGGCAGAUGCAGUCUUCCUGGACAUCCCCAGCCCCUGGGAGGCGGUGAAGCAUGCCAAGGCCGCUAUGAAGAAACAAGGAGGUCGGGUGUCUUCGUUCUCUCCCUGUAUCGAGCAGGUUCAGAGGACGUGCGAGGCUCUGGCGGAUCAGGGCUUCGAGGAAAUCAACACCUUGGAGAUUCUGCUGAGAGUCCACGACAUUCGCACCGUCUCCCUGGCGCUGCCCGACUUCGGCCCCGACCCCUCCGCUCAGACUCAGCCUGACGCCAAUGAGAAGGCGCCUCCUCCCACCUCUGACCAAACCACGCCUCCGUCACCCUGAAGACCACCACACCUCCCAGAGAAAUACCAGGUCACACAGGUUACCUCACCUUCGCAACCAAACCGAGAACCUAAAGCUCCGAACGCAGAGUGAUUUCUCUCUAAUUUAGUGUAUAAUCCACACUCCGUGCCUCGCUCUAGUGUGUUUCGCUGCGAUAAUCCAGCGGGGGGGUACCAGGUUCCUCCAGGUCCCGGUUGGCACUGCGGCGCCAAGAGGAUUUACAGUUUUGUGUUAUAUAAUUUUGUGCUCCUGUCACUUGGCGCCGGUUUGUUGCUUGCAUCAAGCAAGAGUAAAACUCAAGUCGACAAUGUUUUCAUUUGAGAAGAAUAUACCUGCCUCCCCUUUUAUAAGAAAUUCCUUUUAAUCACUGCUUUCACUUGAGGGGGAAGAAGACGUUUUAAUUUUUUAUUAUUUUUUUUCUGCACUUUUGUAUCAAGUUAAUACAAUAAAUGUGUGAAAAUAUAAAUAAAGUUUUCUCAUUCGGUUUUACAACAA